AUGUCCCGACCAAAGCGCCCCCGCGACUCGGACACCGCCCCCGCUACUCACCCCCCCAAGCGCCACCGCCCGUCGCCCCCGCCCCGCCCCAGACAAAAGCAGGGCCUCCUCGCAAAGACAUUCGGCGCCAUGUCCUCCCUCUUCACCUGGCGGCAGCCCCAGGAGAGAGACUCUGAACCAGAAAGCGAGUCGGAAUCACGCUCAUCAUCGCCAGACCCCCUGGAUGUCAUUUCACCCACACGCACCGCGUCCUCGGCAUCCUACCCCGACCCACCAUCUCCAGCCCAGCCCGUGACCCCUCUACCCCCGACAUCCUCCUCCUCGGGCGGCGCUCCUCAGAGCCAUCCCCGCAGGCCGCCCGUACGGCCGAAUCGCGAUGCGUACAGCUCGUCAACGUCCUCGCCCUAUGGCUGGCAAGCCACCAUGAGCCAUAGCAGGCCCAUGUGGCCCAUCAAGAAAGAAGAGGAUGAUAGAAAGGCGUCGCAGCGAGUGAUUACCAUGUUUAGCGGAGGACCGGGAGGUCUGAAGAGACGGCCGUAUCGCAAAACCGACGAAAAGAUUCAAGGUAUACGGUCCGUCCUCUGGAACGAUCAAUCUGCCCAUUCCUUUGACAAUAUGAUAUCCCCCCCCUCCACACCGACAUACCUACCACAUGCCAAGCGUGAAAUCGGAACCAAGGCCGCUGCCCAAGCUGCCCAGAACCACAAACAUUAUGAAUCCUCUCUGGUGCAGAGCCUCAGACGCCUGCAAGUCGAGAGAGAGGCAAAACUCAAACCGCCAAAGCCUAUUGUUCCGAAAAAGAUGACGGCAGACAAGGAGGCAAAGGCCGACAAAUUCCUGUCGGACAGACGGUUCCACAAGACCUUUGCGAGUGGGGAGGUGGAUGCUGCGUCUCUGAAACGACUGAAGCCAGGCCAGUGGCUGGAUGAUGAGAUUGUAAACAGCUAUUGUGGGCUGAUGUGUGAGCGGUUCGCCAAUGGCAAAAACGGCCGCAAGGUUCAUUUCAUGAACUCGUUUUUCUACAAAAAGCUGUCGGAGCAGGGUUACGCUGGGGGCAAAUUGAAACGAUGGACGAAAAAGGUCGACAUCUUUGCCCUAGAUACCCUGGUCUUUCCCAUCAAUCAAGGCAACAUGCACUGGACGGCCUGCGCCAUCAACUUUGCUCGCAAGCGCAUAGAAUACUACGAUUCCAUGGGAGAUCAUGGCAACGCGCGUAAAAGCGUGUUUAGCGAUGUCCGAGAUUAUCUGGAUCAAGAGUAUGCAGACAAGAAGGGUGGAAAGAUGGACUGGACCGGAUGGACGGAUCAGUUCAACAAGAAUACACCACAACAGAAUAACGGCUCUGACUGUGGUGUCUUUUCUCUCCAGACGCUGGAAAUGGUCGUCCGCGGACGAGACGUGGUCACUCAGGGUUUUGAGUUUACAUGUCAGAAUAUGCCAUUCCUGAGACGGCUGAUGGUGUACGAGAUUGGGGAGGGACGGUUAGAACAAAGAUCAUGGGGGGCGCCAGACUUAUAA